ACUGCAGUGACAAAUAUUACUCCUUGGUUCUAUCUCAUUUAUAUUAGCCAUAUUAGUCUAGAGAGAAGAGAAGAAAAAAAAACGAAAGGAAAAAAAAAAACCAAAGAACCACUUUCUUCUUCCACAACUCCCCCAUAUAUAUACAAUAAUUAAUAUACCUAAAUAAAUCAUAAAAAUGCAGUCCAUGUUUAAUCUCCAUGGAACUUGUGGACUUCCUCUCUGUGUUUCAGGGAUUACCCGUCACCAAAGUUUUUCUAAAGAGAUGGUGGAUCAUGAUCAAAGAAGGGAAGCCAUGAAAAGGCAGAGAUCUGAAGCUGGGGAUGGUCAGAAUGCAAAUCAAGAAAUGGGAUUUCAAAGGGUUUCUGAGAUUUUCAUAGAAGAGAUCGGAAGUGAUGAUCAAGAUCUUAGCUCAUCAUCAGGUGGAGUAGUAGUAACUUGUUCUAUGUCCUAUAGUGGCUUGGCUUGUAUAGCAAAAGCUGCUUAGAGAUUAGUGUAAAAUGUCUGAUAAUUAAAGAAUCUUAUAUGUUUAGACCUGUCCCUUAGAUGGUUCUCUUCAGAUUUGUUUAAUGUUUUAUUAUAUAAUAUAUACUAAUCUAUGAUUUAGUGCUCGUUUUCCCCUCUUAGCUUUUUCUUAUUUGGGUUUUGUAUAGAUCAUGUUUUAUCUCUUGAAAAUACCUAGCUUGCAAACGUCUAAAUAUAUAUGAAGUAAAUGACUUUACCACUCUUUUA